CCAGAGUACUAGGCACCGUGGCUGGUGGUGCUGCAGACACGUAUCUGGACUCGCGUGCAGGUGAUGCAGCGGAGCAGGUGGGGUGGCUGGAGACGCCGUUGCUGGGCCUGGCGAAGCGCAGCGGGGGCGUGCUGACUCACGGGCAGGCGAGGAAGCUGCAGGAGGGUGGGCUGUGGACGGUGCGCCACCUGCUGGAGCACUACCCGCACACUUACCUGGACCUGUCGCGGAGCAAGGAGGAUGUGAUAAGAGACAUGCAGGUGGCUGCUGUUGGCGUGGUUGAAAGUGUCAAUGUGUACCGCGGUGCCUCCGUCGCUAUAGCCGACAUCAGGAUCCGCUGCAACCUUCCCAACAAUGCCGAAACUCCAGCCACCACCACACCCACCCGCAGCAGAUUGAGCAGCAGCAGCAGCAGCAGCGGUGGCAGCGGCAGCAGCGGUGGCAGUAAGGGGUUUGUGGUGUCAGCCAAGCAGUUUCGCCCGGGCCAAUGGGGUUCCUAUGCUCUCUCCAAGGCCUUCACAAAGGGUGCUCUCGUCUCCGUCGCUGGUCAGGUGCUCUGUGUGCAACGAGAUGGAGCCUUUGAGCUGGACAAGAACAGCCAGAUAGUGAAGGUGGACGCAGGGCCCGGUGCGGAAGCCAUGUGGGCGAGCGAUGGCGCUGUGCCCGUUUACUCGGCCAAGAAGGAGAUGGAUCCUCUCGCCCUGCGCGCCAUCAUUGAGAGGUUAAUCAAGCACAUCCCUCCAGCGAUGGACUAUCUCCCCCCCUCCCUCCUUUCUCGCUACAACCUCGUCCCUCUCCCUCUCGCCCUCGCCACCAUCCACUGCCCGCCCGACCGCACGCUCCUCCCCGCCGCCCGGCGCCGCCUCGUGUUUGACGAAUUCUUCUUCCUGCAGCUGCGCAUCCUGCUGCUGCGCCGCCGAAUCCAGCUCUGCCACCUGGCAGCCGCAUCCGCCGCCGUAGGAUCCGCUGAGUGGAAUCGGACGGUGCUGAGCGCGGAACACUGGGCUCCCCUCACGCAAGAAAUGCUCGCCUCGCUGCCGUACAGGCUCACAGCUGGGCAGAUGCAGGCUGCCCGGGAGAUAAUUUCUGACAUGAACCGGCCCGUGCCCAUGGCUCGGCUCCUACAGGGCGAUGUGGGGUGUGGCAAGACGGUGGUGGCCCUUUUAGCAUGCAUGGAGGCGGUGGCGCAGGGCUACCAGGUGGCAGUCAUGGCUCCCACGCAGUUCCUCGCCCAGCAGCACUACGCGCGCUUUGAGCAACUACUCGAGGCGCUGCCUCCUGCUCGCCGACCGACUGUUUGUUUGUUGACCGCGACGGUGAAACGGGCCAAGGCCGUGCGGCUGGCCAUCAAGGAGGGUCGAACCUCUAUCGUGAUCGGCACGCACGCGCUCAUCGCCAAGGCCACUUCUUUCCACCGCCUGGGGCUGGCAAUAGUGGACGAGCAGCACCGGUUCGGAGUCAACCAGCGGGCCAGGCUGCAGGAGAAGGGUUCUGUGGCUCUCCUCAACAGCCAGCAGCAGGAAGAAGGAAGUGCCAGCGACACCGAAUCAGCUGCUGAAUCCGGAAGUGAAUCCUCCUCCUCCUCCUCCUCCUCCUCCUCCUCCUCCUCCUCCUCCUCCUCCUCCUCCUCCUCCUCCUCCUCCUCCUCCUCCUCCUCCUCCGCCUCUCCCCCCCUCCCCCCUCUCUCGGAGCCCCACACUCUCACUAUGACCGCCACACCCAUCCCACGCUCACUUGCCCUCGUGCUGCAUGGCGACACCGACAUCUCGCAGAUCGCCGAGCUGCCGCCCGGCCGCACGCCGGUGGAGACCCUUGUCUUUUAUGACAAGGAGGGGAAGGGCGGCAGCGAGGGGGAGGAGAGUGAUUCGGAGGAUGAGGAGGAAUCGGAAGCGAAAGAGAGGGCUGUGGCGUACCAGAUUCUUCGGGACGAGGUAGAGUCGGGCGGCCGAGCCUUCAUUGUCUUUCCAAUCAUCGACGCCUCAGAGGAGCUCCCGGGAAUCCGGCCAGCCACAGAAGAAUUUAAGCUGCUGACCAAACAGGGCGGCCUGCUUGGUCGGCCGUUAAGACCUGGCAGCAGCACUUGCAGCGGUGCUGGCAGUGACAGUGAUGGUUGCCCGCACAUCCCUAACAGGGGGCCGCAUGUUUGGUACAGUGAGGACCCCACUGGUUACGACACAGACCAGUAUAACGCCGAGCUGGAUGCCAUGUACGGUCCUCAAUACGAUGACCAAGUCUUUGAAAUCUCUGAUUCUGAUGCCGAUGGUUCUGAUGCCGAUGGUUCUGAUGGCGCUGAUUCUGACGAUGAUUCGGAUGAUGAGUCUCUUGGAAGGCUGCGCUGUGGGCUGGUGCAUGGGCGGAUGGAGCCAGACGAAAAGGACAGCGUCAUGCGCAGCUUCCAAGAAGGAUCUAUACAGGUGCUCGUGUGCACGACAGUGAUCGAGGUGGGGAUCGACAUCCCCGAGGCCACGGUGAUGCUGGUGGAGCACGCAGAGCGCUACGGCUUGGCGCAGCUGCACCAGCUGAGGGGGCGGGUGGCAGGGGCCAGCGCAAGUCGCGCUGCCUGCUGGUUGGAAGCUCCAAGAGCGCUCGCCAGAAGCUGAAACUGCUGGAGACAUCACAGGACGGCUUUGAGCUGGCCCAGCUGGACCUCAAGAGGCGCGGCCCGGGGGAGCUGCUGGGGAAGAAGCAGUCCGGGCGGCUUCCAGGGUUCAACCUUGCGCGGCUGGAUAAGGACCUGCACAUUCUGGAGGACGCGAGGAAGGCUGCCGAGGAAGUGGUUGAAUUGAGUCAAGGCACUGGAGAAUUGGACCCGGCACUUGCUCAAGAGUUGCGAAUUCGCAACCCUUUGUAUGCUUCAACCCAAUGAUAGUGAAUAUUUGUGUUACGAAGGUAGCUUGCAUAGGGCGUAUUCCUACGGAGUUGGAUCCGGAAAAAAAUAGGAUCCAACGCGCACGGUACAGUGCGGUGCGAGUGUUGUCAUGCACAUUUGAGGGCGGUUCAGCUUGGUAAUUCACUUGCGGAUCCAGCAUUGUCUGCAUAGACCAUUAGGACGUAAGUUGAUAAUACCCUUUGUGUGUGGUGGACUAGCGUCUUUUGUUGAUAAAUUCCUGAACAUGCA